AUGACUACCAUCCCGGGCUCUUCUUCCUCUCUCUCUCUCUCUCUCUCUCUCCCUCUCUCUCUCUCUCUCUCUCUCUCUCUCCAUUCCCUCUCCCUCUCUCUCUCCGUUCUCUCUCUCUCUCUCCGUUCCCUCUCCCUCUCUCUCCGUUCCCUCUCUCUCUCUCCGUUCCCUCUCUCUCUCUUCGUUCCCUCUCUCUCUCUCUCUCCGUUCCCUCUCUCUCUCUCUCCGUUCCCUCUCUCUCUCUCCGUUCUCUCUCUCUCUCUCUCCGUUCCCUCUCUCUCUCUCCGUUCCCUCUCUCUCUCUCCGUUCCCUCUCUUUCUCUGUUCCCUAGACUACGGAAGGUUUCUGAUCUAG